GGGGUUGGGCACCGUCAGGAUGCGGGGAGGGAGAAGGGAGGAAGGGCAUUUGAAGGAGAGCUGAGGCAAUAUUAACAGCCAGCAGGCCUUCUUCGCCACCACUACUCGGUCGGACAACGCAGGCACCACACCCACGAAAGAGCCAUCAUGACCACUCACUUCCAAUACCCCGACGCCAACCUUCGCCAUGAGCUGAAGAGGAUCGCCGACGCCAUCACUGCCCCUGGCAAGGGCAUUUUGGCUGCCGACGAAUCUGUGACUACCAUGGGCAAGCGCCUGGCUGACAUCGGAGUCGAAAACACCGAUGAUAACAGGCGCAAGUACCGCCAGCUCCUCUUCACUACCGACAAGCACCUUUCCGACAACAUCUCCGGCGUCAUCCUCUUCCACGAAACUGUCUACCAGAACCACGACGAUGGCACUCCCUUCAUCAAGCUCAUCAAGGAUAAGGGAAUCAUCCCUGGUAUCAAGGUGGACAAGGGUGUGGUGCCUCUUAUGGGCUCUGAGGACGAAACAACCACCCAGGGUCUCGACGAUCUCUCCCAGCGCUGCGCCCAGUACAAGAAGGACGGCUGCGACUUCGCCAAGUGGCGCUGUGUCCUGAAGAUCAGCGAGAACACCCCCAGCCAUCAGGCAAUGCUCGAGAACGCCAACGUCCUCGCUCGCUAUGCUUCCAUCUGUCAGAUGAACGGUCUCGUCCCCAUCGUUGAACCUGAGGUUCUUCCCGAUGGUACCCACGACUUGGAACGUGCCCAGAAGGUCACUGAGAAGGUCUUGGCUUUCGUGUACAAGGCGCUUAGCGAUCACCACGUCUAUCUCGAAGGUACCCUUCUGAAGCCCAACAUGGUCACUGCUGGACAGUCCUGCCCCACUAAGUACAAUGCUGCACAGGUUGCAAAGGCUACAGUGCAGGCCCUUGCCCGCACCGUUCCAGCUGCUGUUCCCGGCAUCGUCUUCUUGUCAGGUGGUCAGUCUGAGGAGGAAGCCACCAUCCACCUGGACGCCAUCAACAGGUGCAGGGUGAACAGGAAGCCAUGGGCUCUUACCUUCAGCUACGGCAGGGCUCUCCAGGCCUCCGUGCUGAAGGCAUGGCAGGGCAAGGACGAGAACAUCAAGCUCGCCCAGGACGAACUGCUCAAGAGGGCUGGGGCAAACGGUGCCGCUGCCCAGGGCAUGUACGAAUGGGGCUCCUGCAAGGGUAGCGCUCAGGAUGCUGGCCUCUUCAUCAAGGACCACGCUUAUUAAGUGAUAUAAUAUCUCCUUUCGGACCUCUUCAACAGCUCUUAGGUCACGAAGAUCAACCCGGUUUUUUUUUCUCAAGAUCUUAAGCAAGAAAUGAAGAAACCACUACUUUAUUUCAAGUUUUCUAGCCAUGCUGUGAGUGGCCCUACUCCUACGAACACAUAGGAGGCCUGCGAUAGCUUUUCUUAGAGACUUUCCGCUGCCGGCCAAGAUUUCUAUUGCCUAGUUGAGAUAUGGCGACUAAUUGUACCUGUUACUAAUAUCAUCCAGUAUUUGCCUUCUGUUAUUUAAGUGAUAAUUUCAAGACCCACGUGAACGCUGGGCUAGUUUUCAGGGAUUUCUUUUCAUAGUUCAAAAAAGCAGCCGUAUUCUCGCGGUUUUCUUGAAACGUCUCCCACAGCGUCAAUUACACGUCAAACGUUUCGUCGGCUCAUGUAAGUGUCUUUUAGUUCCUAGAAUAUAUGAAAGACUGGAAGUUUUUUUCUGUAAAGCAAGAAGAACACUAUUUCAUCCACAAAGUCGAGAGAUCAUUGCUGGAACGAAUAUAUCUCGAAGGGCAGAAUCCAGUUCUCCUUUUAAGUUGAAGAUAUAGAGAAUCCGAUUCCACGCGCUCCAGGUUCGAUUCUUUAUAUCACGUUAAAUGGAAUACCAGACUCUAUCUUCCGGGAUAGACUGGUUCCAGCAAUGAGCGGUGUUCAAACUCCCCUCCCAACACCAAGAAAUCUGAGCUGCAGAAGAAACUACAAAGAGACGUCGAUGAAAACUAAAAACGGACUACAUCGUGAGCAUCGUCGACCAUGGACGAACACCAAAUAGUGAAAGAAAUAGAAAGAAAUUUACCACCACGAUGCAGAAAUACAUCUAGAUUGUAGAGGGGAGUUUGUAUAACUAUGUAUAUUUGUGUAUAUUUAAGGUUAGUCUUAAGUUUAACAUUUAUGCUGUACCUUAUCCAAUUCCAUUUUUAAUUUUUUGCUCAAUUUUCCACUGUAUGGGAUGCACAUUAUGCUUUCUUACCUCGCAUACCGUUUUUGUAACUUGAUUUCUUUGGAUCGCCUAUGUCCCUUUUUAAUUUUUGCUAUUUAUGAUACGAUACAUUAAAAUAAAGUUUAUUAUAAAAUCUUA